UCAAAACUGUUCAAACUGCCGCCCGCGACCAGGCCGUUUUGCUCUUCCGCAGCGCGAGGGAGACCCGCGAGAAGGAGGGGGCGGUGAGAGGUGGGGGCGGCUCGCACGGGCCGAGAGAGCGGUCGCCGGGAUACUCCGGUAAACAACCCCCGGCAGCAUGUCCCAGAUACAGUUUUUGGAGCUGCCCAAAGGAGUUUAUUUGCCGUUGACCAUAAUUAACCCUGGCUUGUGGUACUGGAAAGAAGAUACUAGAACGUUGGAAUUUUCAUGUGCCCAGCUUAAGGAAGAACCUAAGGACAGUAAGGAGAAAAAUAAGAAAGGCAAGACUAUCCAAUUUCAGGAGCUUGGAGCAAAGCCACUAGAAAGGUCAGGUCCUAAUUAUUUUCGAAAACUGUUUACCUUGUCUGUUUCCUCUGGAGAAGACAAAUCACCUCGGCCAAACAAGAGAGCACUGUCUGAACUCAUAACUCUAGAAGAUGUUAAGUAUGCUGCUUUAUUUCUGGCACAUGAAGAUGAUUCCAUUCACAUUUCUUCUUUCUCCUUAGUUAUGAGGUGUAAGCAGUUGGAUGAUUUCCUCAUGGCAUUGUUGUACUAUAUUUCUUUUUAUCUGGAGAAAAUAACCCUGGAGAUGAAACCCAAGUCUUUUAUGGGAAAGCCCAGCAUCCUAGAAAAAAAAGAAUUGAAGGAAAACCAAAUGAAGCUAGCAGUGACCAAAAAGCACCUUGCUGAAAUGUACUGUAUCCUUAUCCUUGGACUGGGAAUGUCUGAUCAGCAUCACAUGGCUUGUGGAAAAAAGAAAAUAUCAUCAUCUCGAAAAGACAGGGAAUUCUUCGAGUGCUUGUACAACUUUGCAUCCUACGUAGCUUUUGUGACAUUCAGACAGAAAAAUCUCAAGGAAAUCCAGCAAGAAGUUGGUAGAUUGCUCCGGUCAAAUAUAUUCAAUUCUGCUUUAAGAGAGAGAACCAAAUCUAGCAGGGAAAUGAAAACAGAUAUUACCAAACAAUUGUUGAGAGCCACAUUUGUCUUUCGCAAGAGAACAGAUGUUAAGCAGCCAGCCAUAAGAAGCGUCAUGGAUCAACGAUCACCAGUGCUUAGUACUUUGCUGCCUCUGGCUAAAGAUAGUGCUCAAUAUCUGUUUCAGGACCAUUAUCUUCGUCCCAGCAAAACUGCCCCACGUUAUAUUCCAGAAGAAUUACCAGAGUUGUUUUCUAUUGUGUCACCCACCAAGAUUGGCAUUAUUGGGUCUCACCGUAACAAGUUUGUCCCUCAUACACUUUUACCAAUUGGAAGCACGGAGGAUGAGAAGGAAAAUGGGGAGAAUCUCGAAGGAAGUGUCUCUUCAGUAAUAACCUCAGCCCCUAGCAGGGGUAUUCAAAGCGGUACGAGUCACCAAUCUCUGGCAGUUUCACGGGCUACGACUGAAGGAGACUACAUUGAAAAUCCCCAGUAAUAUAUGCUUGUAUGAGGGAUAGAAUGUCCAUGUAUUAAAUCUCUUGGCAGCUUUCUAAUUAACUUUUGAUUCUAUCCAUUACUUAUGCCUGAGAAAAUAUGGCCAGUUUAAUACUAUUAAAUGUCACAAUGCUGCCCAAAAUAAUAAAUGAAAAAUCCUCAUGAUGAUGACAAAUACUAUAAACACUUGUUUGAUUUGUACCAGUUUAACUGCUUUACGUAUUCAGCCAAAAAAUGCUGGGAAUGUAAACUAACUUUAAAUAUUUGUAAUUUGAAUAUCUGAAGGCAUUUCUACUCAUACAUGAAUUAUUUAUGACUAAUAAAGCAGUUUAAACUGGAACUUUGGAUACCCAGUAUAUACUAAGUUUGUAAAUUAUGUCUGUUAAACCAUGGUUUGCU